AUGAAACGGAACCUUCUCAAUCAGCUUUUAAUAACCAACAACCAUGUUUAUUCUAAUAUUGAGCCUCAGGACUUGAACAAGAGGACCCACCGGGUGAAACCCACCAAUGAUUACUCCAUAAAACGUAUGGUGCAGAGAACGCGCGAGGUUACCAGUAAAGAGAAGGGAGCGACACAAGUGGUGAAAAAAGUGGCUCUACGACGACAUUGCGUAACGGUGAAGAAGGAAGAUGACCGAUUCAUCGUUAGGAUCAAAUACAAGCACAAGGACACUAGACAGCCUCCAUACGAUGGUGUUCUCGACUACCCAGACUGUAUAAUCAACGACACAGACCCGACAAAGGAAGAACGAGCGAAAUUUGAAAAACUCAAGCAAGAAGCAGCCAAGCUCGUCGUUAGUGGCGAUGCUUCCUUGGACUUGAACCUGAACUUGAACCUCAAUAGCAAAGAAAGCACUCCAUUCACUGUGGCCAUGAACAGGUCCAAGAUCAAGAAAAUCGUGAUUAGGGAUUACGAAAUCGAUACUUGGUACAUUGCCCCUUACCCCGAGGAAUACUCCCAGUGCGAGACAUUGUACAUCUGCGAGUAUUGUCUCAAAUAUAUGAGCUCGCCAACUUCAUAUCUGCGACAUCUGCUAAAAAAUUGCAACGGCUCUCACCACCAUCCUCCCGGAGCUGAAAUAUACCGCGAUGCGCGAGUCUCGAUUUGGGAAGUCGAUGGCAGGAAAAACAUCAACUACUGCCAAAAUAUCUGCUUGCUUGCCAAGUUGUUUUUGAAUUCAAAGACUUUGUAUUACGACGUUGAGCCUUUUAUUUUUUACAUAUUGACGGAGAGAGACACGACGAAUCUUGCAAAACAUCACUUUGUGGGGUACUUUUCAAAGGAAAAAUUAAAUAAUCUGGAUUAUAAUGUUUCCUGCAUUCUCACAUUACCCAUUUACCAACGAAAAGGCUAUGGAAAUUUGCUAAUAGACUUUAGUUACCUUUUAAGCCGCAAUGAGUUCAGGUUCGGCACCCCCGAGAAACCGCUAAGUGAUUUGGGUCUCCUUAGCUAUAGAAAUUACUGGACACUCACAAUCGCCUACAAACUAAGGGAGCUACACCAACAAUACCUGGGCCAUGAAUCGUUGAAUAUAUCCAUCGAAAUAUUGAGCAAACUAACUGGAAUCAUCCCAGCCAACGUGACUCUCGCUUUGGAGCAGUUGGGAUCUCUUUAUCGGAAUCCUGCCAUACGAGGUUCAUAUGCCAUUGUCAUCAAUCUAGCCCAAAUCAAGAAACAUAUUGACAAAUGGGAAGCAAAAGCAUAUUCAACUUUAAACUACUCGAACCUUUUGUGGAAACCUAUGCUCUUUGGACCCAGCGGUGGCAUCAAUUCAGCACCAGCUUUGCCAACGCACCCUACAAACAAGUCCCAAGUGGUUCCGCAAAAUAGCAUUUCUCUCCUUUCAGAAUUUCUCAAGGAUGACAUCAACAACCCGUACACGCUAGAAGAAGAGGCAUACAGGGACAUUGCCAACCUUUUGGACUUGCCUCGCCCUUCAGAAAGAGAGGAGACCUUGCUGGACUACGAACAAUGUACAGCGGGUAUGCCCCGCGCUUCCUACAGAAACAAGAUCAGUAGCCGGAAAAGGGCAAAGCACACAUCUGGAGCCGCGAUGGAGGUCGACAUGGAGGCCGUAGAGCAGAUUUUUCAAGAGGAGGACAAUUAUUUCAGUUCUGGCAACGACGAAGAAAACGAUUUUGAAGAUGAAGAGUUCCACGAGGACCAAGAAAACGACAUUUUCGAAGACAUUGAUAAGGACGAUGGAGAAGAAGAAGAAGAAGAGGAAGACGCAGUAUUUGCGCCAGGGUGGAAGAACCGACCUUUCAGACCCACCAGAAGUACAGUCAACGUUCUUGUGAAGGACGAAAUGAAAAGAGGUCGUGGGCGACCGAAGGGUACAUUCAAAGUCAAACCAAAACAACACUUGACACAGACGCUGCCAAAGAGACCGAGUAGAUGGACCAAAUAA